AAGCCGCCGAGCGAACUAAUGGGUGCAUGUGUACACUAACGCACGAUAUAUGUGCAAUAUAUAAAAGUCACGCAUAUAUAAGACUAGGCCGAGAUGAGCGAUACGGACACAGUUUACAGAAUCGGCUUUAACUGAUCGGACGCUCAAAUUAAAGCGCGUUCAAAACGAGGCAAAGUGUUUUACAAGGUUCAUUUUCAUCACUAGUGCUUCAAUUUUUUUCCGCUUCGCCAGAAUUCGAGCCACGAUGCUAGCCGCACGGAUUAAAUUCAGCUUGAGUCUGCUGCUGCUGGUCGGCGCGGUGAACGCCGCAACCCUCCACGAGCAGACCGGAUUAUUGGCCGACGAGAUCGAGUGCACGAGCAACGUCGAUUGCGCGCCCGGCUACUGCUGCACAAUUUCUCACGAGCGUUACAGCUAUCCCAGAUGCCAGAAGUUCCAAGAUCUGGGAGAUUUUUGUCGGCCGGGCGGACCACUGACGACGAGCGGCGAUCGCUACUAUCCAGACGGCACUUCCAUACAAUUGGACGAGAUUUACAUGCAGUUCUGCCCAUGCGGACCCGGGCUGCUUUGCGAUCGGGGCGAGCAAGUUUGCCGAGACGCCAGCGAUUUUAAUUCGGUGCAGUUGAAUCAGUCGGGCAAAAGUGAUGAUUGAUCUUAAGGAAAGACACAUUUUUACCAUCAUUUGACAAUUGAUACCAUUUAAUUAUCAGUCUAACAAAGACUUUUUCCGCCUCGACAAGCAUCAAAUUUUGUUAUAGCUCUCGAAAUAGUCUUUUCUCUAUGAAAUAUUUUUAAUAAUGAAAUGUACUUGGACUUUAGUUUGAGACCGAACAAAUAUCUAAAAAAUAAUUAUUCGAUAACCUUGAUUAUAUUUAUUAUAAUUUAAUUUAAUAAAUAAAGCAUGAUCAUUUUAUCAUACAUUUCUAAACUAUUCUAGUUUAAUUUUUCAAUUUCUAUUUUAAUUAAGUACACGAGCUAGCCUUCAAACUCUCCCCAGUUUCAGUUUGUAUUUUUGAAAUAAUUUUCGGCAACCGCAAUAAUACAAUUAGAUUAACAUUUUUCAUUUAUUCAUAUAAUUGUGGACACAAUUACCAUACUAUAAUUAAUACAAAAUUAUACAUAGAAGUGAAUAGGUACUAUUGAUAAAACACAUUUUGAUAAAAAUGAUCAUAAUUUGUCGAUUACAUAAAAAAGAACGUCAGUUCGAACUGACUAGUGUUCAUUAUUCAUAUGUAGCGCCAAAAUAGAUGAUACUUGUGCGACUGCGUGCUUAUCAUUUGGUGUACCGGAACGUUCGCCACCAGGCAGUCACUCGCCAGUCUGCUGACUGCUCUGCUCUGCUGAGUCUGCACUCUGCACUCAUCACCUUUUCUUUGUUGUGACAGUCGACACUUUGUUGUGCAGUUAAUAGUUCAAAUGUCAAAACUGAAAUAUUGUACACUAAAGUGAAAAGUUUUACAGUGAAAAAAAUUCAAACAUUUUACUUGUUUUGUAAAACUCAUAAAUCUUAACUCAUAAACG